CUGAACCAUGUCAAGAUGGCGGCUGCCUGGUAACCAGGGAUUUGCGAGAUCGCCAUAGUAACGCCGGCCUCCGGCUCGCACCAUGAAGUCCAGCAAGACAAAAACCAAAGAAGAUACCUGGAAAUCAGAUGAACUGCUCAAGCAUAUUAAAGCCGCCCAGGGGGAUUGUACAGAUGACAGUAGUAAAAAGAGCAGAGAAAGGAAAAAAUAUAAAGAUGAAGAAUCUAUUGGUACCUCUGACUCUAGGGACCGUAGACAUAAGGGAAGGGAACGAGAUAAAGAAAGGGAGCAGGAUAAGGACAGAGUGAGGCACAAAGACAAGGAGAGGGAUGAAGAUCGAAAUAAAGAACGAGAACAUGAAAAGGUACGGAUAAAGAAAAAUGACGAAAGGGAUAGAGAUAGAGAAAGGAAACAAGAAAGGGUUAGUGAGAGACAUAAAGGCAGGGAUAGAGAUAAAGAGAGGAUUCAAAAAUGGGACAAAGAUCUAGAAUACAGUGCAGAUCCAAGAGUUCAUGACAAAGAAUGGGAUUUGUAUGCGGAGAGACCUAAAAAGCGGGGACAUGAAUCUGAGAGACACCGAGAGAAAGAAAGAGACAGAAAAAAAGAAAGAGACAAACUCCAGGAAAAAGGGACAGAAAAAGAUGAAAAUGUUGACCAGCGACCUAAACAUCGUCAGAAAAAAGAUAAAGAAAAUUUGGAAUUGGAAAUGGAUGACAAAUAUGAACGGAAAGAAAGAAAACACCGAGAGCGAAAAGAAAAGGAAGGGAGAAGCACUGAAAAUAAUGAAGAGAACAAAGAGAAGAAGAGACGGUCUUCUGAAUUUAGAGAUGAAGAUUAUGAUCGACAAUACAAGGAGCACAAGGAGAGUGAACCUCAUGAUGGGCAUCGUGAAAAACGACAAAAAGAAAGAAAAGAACUUGGUCAGAAAGCAGUGGUUGAAGAAAUGGAUAGGAAAUACAGAGUGAGAAAAGAUAAAGAAUACAAAGAAGAUGGGAAAAAACAACGGUAUAAAGAUAUUAGAGAUUCUGUUGCGGAGUGGAGGGACAGAGAGCGGGUACACAAAGACAGAGAAAAAAGAGAUUGGGAAAGAAGGGAAGAUCGUGAGCGAAAACAUAAACUCAAAAUAAAGAAGGAAAAGGAAGAAAAAGAAAGGCAAGGGGAUUAUACUGAGGAACAAAGUGUCAAGAGAAAAAAAGAACGGAGAUCUGUGCAAGAAACUACAAUUGAAAGCAGACGGAAAGGAAGUACAAUAGAACAAAUCGAUAGUCAAAAGAAACCAACAGAAAGUCUUGCAGAAGAGCUCUUAUCUGUCUUUUCAACUAUGUUCCUGGCAAAAUCGCAGGGUACAGGCAGACUUCGAUCCACGUGGCGGUCCAGUCAGGUCGGAUUAAUUGAUGAUGAUGCUCUUGUUGAAGGAGAGGAAAUUGCUAUGGAGAGCCAAUCCACUAUUGAAUCAUCAAACUAUGAUGAUGACUUUGAGGACUAUGAGGAUGACUUUGAGGAAGAUGAAUGUGAAGAUGAAGAGGUCGAGCAAGAGAAAGAGGAAAUUCCAGUACAUCAGCGAGCUGAAAUUGAAGCAAUUCAAAAAGCCAUUGCAGCAGAAAAUGAACAGAUCAGAGAAACACACGCUAGAAAUCACAAAAAGAUAUUUGAAGAAGAACCAAAAAGAGAUUUUGAAAACUCACAGACCAGAGGACCUGCUCAAGGAACGUUCAUUGACUUUGUGGCAGCAAGGCAGCGAGAGAUCAGUUCUAAAGUGGCUAGUAAACAAAAAAAGCGCAGCGUGGAGUUGCUCAGACUGAUUGACCUGGAUUUCUCAGUUAGCUUUUCAAUGCUUGAUCUGCCUCCAUUGAAUGAGUACGAUGUGUAUAUCAAAAACUUUGGGCGCACAAAUACCAAGCAGGCUUUUGUUCAGUGCAACGAAGACAAUGUGGACCGAGACAUUCAGACAGAUGAAAUUGAAACUGUUGAAAAGUGGACACAGCAUCCUGGAGAGGGUAACGCGGUGUGUGGGGGUGCUAACGCUAGUGAUGCCUUGUCCUCUGAUUCGGUGGCUAAGAAUAUUGAUUCUCAGAGACUGACCAACUUCCUGAAAUCUGCUUGUCAGGUAAUCUCGGUGUUGCUUGAAGAAGAUCAAGCAGAGAACCAAGCUAGUAAGAAUGUACAAUCAAAAGCAGCCAGUUUGUCAGUCAGUGAUGGAUGCUCUCAACUGAACACAAACUUGCCAUUUUUACAUGGUCGUGAGGUGUUAUGUCUACAUUUUUCGCAGGCCCAGAGACAAACCUUGCUUUCAAUUCACAGUCUUUCUAAAGAGCCCGGGGUCGCCCAACUGGCCAGCAAUUACAUGAUCUGUGUUUGGAAUAUCUGGGAACCAUCAGCUCCUCAAAAAGUACUUGUCUGUGAAUCUGAGGUACAAUGCUGCUGCUUUGGCCCAGAUAAUGUAUCGUUGUUUGCGGGGACGGUGGAUGGUUCAGUAGUGGCUUGGGAUCUUCGUGAACACUCCGUUAUGCACUACACCAUUCAGAUUGGAAGCCAAGAAUGGACCCUUAGAACUCCUACAUUCUCAACUGAUGGCGUUCUGACCUCUGUCAAUCACUGUUGUGCAGUGAAGGCUGUUUAUCCAGUGUCAUCUGCUUGCUUUGAGAAUCAUGGUGUUGGGUUUUCACUCUUUUCAUCCCAGGAAGGACGUUCAGGGCUGUCAUUUCAGCUCGCAUCAUUUGAUGAAAGUGGAUUGCUUAAUUUGUGGGUAGUGGUUGAACUCCAAAAGACAAAUCUUGCUGGUUCGUUAACUGAUUUGGGUCUGAUCCCUGGUGGGAAGAUAAAGUUGAUCCACAGCUCUUCAAUUGAAGUGAACAGCUUUUUCCCAAGAAAUCUUAUGCAGCUGGGACCUCCUCAGACUUUGAGUAUCAGGUUUCUGCCUUCUGAUCCUAAUCAUUUCUUUAUUGGAACAGAUAUUGGUCUUGUGAGCCAUGGUACACGUCAUGGUUUGAAAGCUUCUCCAAAGCUGUACAAACCUCAGAUAAAUGGUGCUGGACCAGUUCGAGUCACAUGUAUUGACUUCUGUCAUUUUGGAAAAACACUGUUCCUGGUUGGGUGUUCAGAUGGAACAAUCAGACUACACUCAGUGACAACAGAGCACCCCAUUAUUCAGUGGAAUGAAAGCACUCAGGGCAGACCAAUCCAUGCUGUACUGUGGGCGCUGACACGACCUGGGAUGUUUUUUAUUCUUGACGAUUCAUCUCAUAUUUAUGUAUGGGAUUUGUUGCAAAAUGUUUCCAAACCAGUCGCAGAGGACAGCCUUCAGCCUGACAGGAUUACAGCCAUUGCUAUUCUAGGUGAUCCAGAGAAACCAAGUGCAUCUUCAGGCCUCAUGUUGGCAAAGCAGUCUGGAGCGAUUGAGAUUCAAUAUCUAAUGAAGCAGUGGUCAGAGCCUCAUCUAAAUGAAUUGGAAACGUUGCACUAUAUUCUGCAGAAAACAGCAUAGAAUUGUGUACAAACUAUAGAAAGGACUCCACAAAUUCACAACUGUAAGCUUGCCAAUAGUUGCUGGUUUGUAAAUGUGCUACUCUUUGUACAGUCAGCUGUUUUUGUAAAAGCUAUUUACAAAUUUUAAUUAUAGACAUAUAAAGUAUUUAUAAAGAU